GGUGCCACAAACGCGUUCAAGUUUGACGUCCACCGCAAGGUCCACCGUGUUCAGCCUCGAAAUAGUGCGAGUUGCUCCCAAUAGCAUUCAAGAGAUCGUACUAUCUGCACUCGAGAGAUACUACCUGCACUAACAGCACUAGCUAGAGGGCUAUAGCCUGCACUACUGCCCAGCAAGUACUGGUUAAGGGUCAUAUAGCCUGCACCAGCUAACCUGCUUGCUAGAGCAAAACUGCCUGCACUAGCUAGAGCGUUAUAACCUCUACCUGCCUAGACUACCUACUACCGGUCAUGGCUUCUCCUCUAACGACCUCCGUGCUACAAGGCUCGACAUCCACCCCCAUACGCGCUACCACUUCCAACCUCUCUCUUCGAGCCGCUCCUUCUGUUCCUCCUGCGAGCCAGGCUUAUGAACCUCUAGUCAAACAUGUCUUGCGACGACGUCUCGUAUAUCAUCUCUUUCCGUACUCUGCUGCUUUCACUUGGGCUCUCGUCGUCAUUACCUCGAUAUGGAUGCAGGGCGGCGUGUCCGAGGUGGGCGUCGUGGCGACAUUGCUGCAGCCUGUGCGGCCGAGUACGAUUGCAAUAACCGUCCUUUCUUGGACUUUGGGAGCUAUCCCAAUUGUUGUAUUGAGGAAGCGGUAUUCUUCAGCUGCCCCAACUCCCGCGACAUCCCCUUCGCAAAUCUUCCAUACUGCUUGGAAUAAGCCUACCACGACUCGCGCUCUGCUCACUUAUAUAUCCUCUGCUUUCGUCCUCACUUUGCUUCAUAUACUCGCUGCCUAUACCUACCAAGAAGAUCCCCGGCUUUCUCUUUUUGUAAAGUCAAAAAAGCACCCGUAUUACCUCAAUGGACGCCUCCUCUACCUUUUAUCCUCGCAGCUGCUCGUGGCUUCCGUCUAUCUCUUACGGAACAUCCUUCUCGAUCGUUUCACUGUCCGCUGGAACUCGCUCUUCUCUCCCAAUGCACACAUUCAAAACUUCCGCCUCGCGCGCGUCCUCAUUGUCGGCUUCACAUUGGUCCUCCUCGCAACACUCAACACGGCUGUCCAUACAUUCCUCUUCGGCCUUGCUCGUUUGAUCGCCUUGCCAGCUCUCUAUAAACUCCCUCUGAUUCCAAGACUUCUCCGACCAUUUACGUCACAUUUCCUGAGGGGUCCAUAUUCCUUGGUUCUGCUGUUGCGUAAUGGCCCUUUGAUUGCCAGAGCGUUUGCCCUCAGUUUCAGUACACUUGCGAUCUGGGAGUUCGCGGAGAGUGUUUUUGAUCAUGUCGUCUCCGAGCCUGUCACAGUCUCGCAAACAACCGCUGACCCAGCUCUUACCAUCAUUUCUGGAACGACUUCAUCCGAUCUUUACUUCAAACACUUUGCCUAUAACGAGCUCGUUCAUUUCGCCAACGAGGAUUCCGAUGCAGCUCGCGCUCAGAGAUCAGCUUUGUUUGCAGAUCAGAAGUACAACCCGAGUAUGUGGAGUACGCUAGUGAGGGAGAGUCUGAUUACUCUUGGGAAGGAUUAUCAAUUGUUGUUGAGACGUGGAAAACCUGAGGCUCCUGCUCCCGCUGCUGCACCCACUGCGUUAAAGGCGCCUCCUCCACCACCGGGCAUCCCUCAGACACCUCUUCUUCGCACAUCUGUUUUCAAACCUAGUUCUCAACAAGUUAUUCGCCAGGCUAGAGACGCACUUGCAGGUCGCUCACUUGCACGUGACUUUCCUUUUAUUAUGGCCACCGGCGAGAACGUCCCAGAAUUGUUCCGUUCAGUCCUGCACGCUCCACCUUCACAAGUUGUCUCUGAGAGUAGCGCUUUGAAAAAAAGUGAGGAAGAGAUGAAAAAGAUGGCGAAGACUCUUGAUCCGAAACGGUGGAAAACGAUGCUUUUGAAGGCUUUGGAGACACAGGUUGAGAAGGUCGUUCCAAAGAGGGUCGUCGAGGGAAAGCAACGAUUGGGCAGGUGGUGGACUAGGGAGAGAGUGAAUAAGGUCGUGGAAUGUGCAGUGCCGAAUAGGAAGUUGGACGCGUUGGCCAUCCAAGCACUGUCGCAAUUGGUUUGCCAUUCACUGACAGAAGACAAAUACGGUGUCGUUCAAAGGGACAUCCCGCGAAUCCUCGAGGCCAUGAUCUCCUUCCUCACAGCGAUCGAGGAAUACCGAACGGAACUUCAGACAAAAUAUCCAACACCUUCGGCAGAUGAUCUAGCCCAUCUCCCUCCUGCGGAAGUGGCUCAAAAGGAAAAAGUCAUGAUUGAACUUGCGACAGCCGGCGAUGUUUUGGGCGAAGUCGAUGAUGCUUUGAAGAAUGGGCUUGUACGCAUUGUGCAGACAUUUGGAGAACGUCUGUCUGCGUUCAGAUUUCCCCCGAGGAUAGCGAAAAUAUUGCAGGAAUAUGUAGACUACACAUGAUCAAUGUCUGUUGUAAUUCUCGUGCGUAUUCAAUAGAAAUCCCGGCCCUGUCAAAGUCUCUUGUGUUGAGUUCUUCUUGCUCUCUCAACCGAGUCAACUCAUUUGUCUGCUAUUUCUCUCUUCUGACACCGAGUUUCCUUCAUGCGCUGUAAGGUAUACCGAGAGGAGAUACACCGCAUCGUCCUGAACUCAUCGCACAUACUUUUCCAAUACUUUCUGUGGUACUGC